AUGUUAGCAGCAGACCUGUCCACUCAGCCAUCUUGGCGACUGCUCUUGAUUGGGGUCUUCUGGCACCCAAGACAGGAGGGUCGUAGCCCCGCAAAGAAGAUGAAAAAGUCACUGGAGACAAUCAACCCUAGGCUCCAACUUGUUAUGAAAAGUAGAAAGUGUGCUCUGGGGUACAAGCAGACUCUGAAAAUGAUCAGACAUGGCAAAGUGAAACUGAUCCUCCUUGCCAACAACUGCCCAGGCUUGAGGAAAUCUGAAAUAGAAUAUUGUACCAUGUUGGCCAAAAGUGGUGUCCAUCACUACAGUGGCAAUAAAAUUGAAUUGGGCACAACAUGUGGGAGAUACUACAGAGUAUGCACACAGGUUGUCAUUGAUCCAGGUGAUUCUAAUGUCAUGAGAAGCCUGCAGACUGGGAAAGCCAACCGGACAUGGACAGAGCUAUGUCAGCAAUUAGUCUACCCACCGCCCCCAACGCCUACAGAGUGCUCCCACACCAAACUCUCAUUGUUUUUUAUGGCCAACAGUUGGCUGAUGCCUCCUGUCCAGAGUUAUAAAUGCCACUGUGAGGCCAUUGUCUUGUCAGAUGUUAAGCUACUUGUUCUGCAACAAAAGGAACAGCACCAGCAGUAA